AUGGGGCACUCUCAGAUUCUGAACUUUUCGAAGUGGAGCAAUAAACAAAUGGAGGAUAGAUUGAGGAAGAAGUCUCCAGCUCCAAUGGAUAACCCUAUCUCUGGUGAGUUUCCGGUGACAUUUGAUAAGAGAACUAUCAACAUCUGCAUUGACUCAGAGGCUUGGAAGGAAUCAGUUCAAGUCUUGAACGUGAAAGCUUUCUUCAUUAAGUGGGGAGGGGAUUGGCCGCCCUUUUCCAAUCUCAUGAAAUGGGUUGAUGAGGAGUGGGGGGGCCACUAUAAGAUCAAAACCCUAACAAAUGGGUUUUUCCUUAUCAUAGUUGGGUCAGAAGAGGAGAAAAACAAGCCGAUGAACAAUGGGCCAUUCAUGAUGAUGGGGAUAGGGUUUUACAUCAAGGAUUGGAUACCCAACUUUGAUCCCCAACAAGCCACCAUAGAGGAGAUACUUCUUUGGAUCAGACUAUACAAUCUCUCGCAUGAAUACUGGAAGGAGGAAGUUUUAAAGGUUAUUGGUGAUAAGUUAGGGAAAUUUAUCAAAUCAGAUGAAGCUAUUGACAAACUGAAUUCAUGUAUGUAUGCCUGUAUCUGUAUCAUGUGGAAACCACACCUGGGGCUCCCUAAGGCCAUUGAGAUUCAUUUGCCAGAGGGCUUAUGGAGGCAAGAGAUUGAAGUUGAAGAAAUCAUGGUGAAGUGCAAGUCCUGCAAAGAAUGGGGGCAUGAGGAACUUGAUUGCAAGGCAGGACAGAAGGGCAAGGGAAGGGCAGACAAAGCUUCAGAGGACUAG